AUGCCUGAGUGUGUACCCUGCCCUGCCGCAGCACCGUGCGCACCCACCGCUGGUAUCAAGUGUGGCCCACGCGAUGGGAAACCUAUGGACGGCAAGCAAGACCCCAGCUGCAUGUGCCGCUCUUGCUGCUGUGGAAAACCACCGAUUGUGAAGCCGUGCUACAAGCAACCAAAAAUACCGGAUUCGUAUGCGCCUCGACGUUGCUACAUGAAGCCCACCGCUCGUGUGGAGAAUUGCACUACAUAUAAUAUGUCCUAUCUGCCUGUCGAUGGAUGUAAGAACCUUCGUGGUGAAGCCAAGAAACCUGAACCGAACUUGGUACCGAGUUGCGAGCCAAUGGAGUCUUGUACAGUUCAAAAGCUGUCCUUCCUGCCGAACCCGGUGUGCGUGACGCAAGCGAUCCGGCCGUGCCACCACGACAUGUGGGGCCAGGGCCCGAUGCAGAACCUCACCACGCAGCGGCACGACUAUGUGCCUAAGCCGUGUGUGCUAAGAGAGAGCUGCAAGCCGCCAGCGAAAUUUCAUUGUGUGGACCAGCCCUUUGAAAAUCGUACUGUGAACAAGCUCUCCUAUUUACCACCGGAUAAGAUGGAGCCAGUGAAGUCAUACGCACCAGAGCGUUGUUACGAGAAGCCAGCUGCUAAAAUGGAGUCCAGCACAACACACAAGCUAAGCUUUAUGCCAAAUCAGUUGAUGCCGAAAGAGCCUUUGCCAUGGGCCUGUAAGGGGCAGUAUCAGAAACCGUGCCAAAAACUAGAAGACAAUACGACCUACAGUAUGAGCUUCUUAAAUCCAGCGAGUGAUUGCCGACGCUGCGCCAUUCUGCCAAACAGUUGCACCAAUCCCGUUACAGCUUCUAAGCGAUUUGAAACACAAACAAUAUACAAAAACAGUUACCUGCCAGCAACAGCGCCUAUACCGCAGCCCGUUAAGCCAAUACCUAACUUGGUGCCCUCUACCGCUUUGAUGGAUGGAGACACUGUUCAUAAGCUGUCCUUCCUGCCGAACCCGGUGUGCGUGACGCAAGCGAUCCGGCCGUGCCACCACGACAUGUGGGGCCAGGGGCCGAUGCAGAACCUCACCACGCAGCGGCACGACUAUGUGCCGAAGGCGGCGGCGCCGAGAGAGUCCUUCAAGCCCGCCCACAAGUUCCAUUGCGUUGAACAGCCGUUUGAAAAUCGCACCGUGAAUCGCAUGUCCUUCUUGGAUCCUGGCAAAGUGCCCAUACCGAAUUCAUAUGCACCGAACAGAGGAUAUGAAAAGCCAAGUGCAAAAAUGGAAAGCAGCACGACGCAAAAGCUGUCCUAUCAACCGGUAUGCGUGCCGGCCCCGCAGCGGCCCCCCUGGGCUUGCAAGGGACAAUAUCAGAAGCCGUGCCAAAAGCUGGAGAGUACAACAAUAUACCGGUCAUCGUUCCUGCCGCCCGGCGAGGACUGCACAGAGUACAUCGAUCCCUGCUCGUAUGGUGACUGCAAACCUUGUGACUGUAUGUGCCCAGCUGAAUGUAUAGCAACAGACCCUUGUGCUUGCACAUUCCCAAAAGCUGAAUGCUGCAGCUAGCGGCCAUUUUGUGUCGUUUGAAAUUCAAAUGUGGCGUUUACAAUAUGAUGGCGCUUUUCUAUUGGUUUAUCGUUGCGUAAAUUAUAUUUGAUGUUUUUAUGCAUGUUUUAUAAAUUAUUUUUCGAGUUUUUGCCACUCGGAAUGGUUUUUUUUUUUAUAAAGACGUUGUAUGUGUAGUGUACCUAGAUUUACCAUCUUAAUAUACUUUUGUUGAUAGCAGUAUUUAGUAAAAUGUUUAUUAUGAAACCGCUUUUGUUUUUUAUUUAAUGAAAUGCAAGCAUUGGUUGGC